ACUCAUGACCAAAAUAGCCCCUCUCUUCUCUUUUCUUGGAAAAACAACUCCCGUUCCUACGAUAGGAUCCCCUCAGAUCCGCGGCCCCCUUCCUUGAUUCGAUUCCAUUCGAUUCCCCGCAUCGACCGGUGCAAAUUCGGCGCUUCUUCCCUCGCUCCCGCCCACCAAUGUUUCUUUGAUCUUCCCGCUCGUGAUCACCUCACUCUCAUCUCCCUCGUCAGCUAGCCACCGGUAGGUCAUCGGGGCGGGACAGCGCGAUGGCUGCGCCGCCGGCUAGGGCCCGCGCCGACUACGACUACCUCAUCAAGCUCCUCCUCAUCGGCGACAGCGGUGUUGGCAAGAGUUGCCUCCUCCUACGGUUCUCUGAUGGCUCCUUCACUACUAGUUUUAUCACUACAAUCGGUAUUGACUUCAAGAUAAGAACAAUUGAACUAGAUGGCAAGCGCAUUAAGUUGCAAAUUUGGGAUACAGCCGGUCAAGAGCGAUUCAGGACUAUCACGACAGCAUACUACCGGGGAGCCAUGGGUAUCUUGCUUGUUUAUGACGUCACGGACGAGUCAUCUUUCAACAACAUACGGAACUGGAUACGCAACAUUGAGCAACAUGCGUCUGAUAAUGUGAACAAAAUUUUGAUAGGCAACAAGGCUGAUAUGGAUGAAAGUAAAAGGGCUGUUUCUACUGCAAAGGGACAAGCACUGGCCGACGAAUAUGGCAUCCAGUUCUUUGAAACUAGUGCCAAGACAAACCUUAAUGUGGAGCAAGUUUUCUUUUCCAUUGCCCGAGAUAUUAAGCAGAGACUUGCUGAGACUGAUUCCAAGCCUGAGGACCAGACAAUCAAGAUUAACAAGACAGAAGGUUCUGACAAUCCAGAAGCCUCGAAAUCUGCUUGCUGCGGCUAGUGAGGAAUACGUGGACUUGACUAUCAUGAACUAUUUUAACUUUAUGUGUUUACUGUCUGCUUGUUAUUAUAGGAAUGUUGAGAAGAUAACUAUUUUUUUUUGAGAAUUCGGCAGGUGAGCUGCACGAUAUAUUAAUAGAAGAAGAUUUGGCUCA